AUGGUGCACUGUAGGUGAGCGGUCGCGUAAUUUGUUACAAAGUAACAAAGUUUACAAUAUUGAUACAAAUGUAACUAAGUUGCGUCCCCUUUAAUGUGAUUUUGGGUGGAACUGCAGAGGAAGUGAAGUGUCAAUGCGAGUCUCUCACUCGCCUACACAGAAAGAGCCACAGCCCUGCUCCUUUGAUGAACAACACCCCAAAACAGCCCCAAACUGGCUUAGAACAAGUUUCAAACUGAGGUAUGCCCUGUGUAUUUGUGCGUAGUGCUCCGGUUUGGCACUUUCUGUAAAGAUACACGAUAAUUUCAACCUUUUUGAGCGUGAACGGAUACGUCGAUAAGGGUGUGGGUGGGGUAAAUUGUUUAUCAUAGCAACGGGUUUCCGUUACAAGGGGCAUUCAUUGACAAAGUUUGGGACAAUGGACUUUCAUUGAGUGCCAGCCUACUCCAGACACCAUUUAAGGGACAGGCGCGAGAAAGUGCGCGUGUGGCAGCCUGUUGAUUCUUAAUAAGUUGGACAAAGCUCUUGAGUUGUGAUGGUGGGAGUGGUAGUAUGCAGGACUUGAAUAGUAUGCAUUCACUGUGUGGCAGCUGUUAGUCUCACAAGGACACACAAUAUUUAUGUAUGGAAUUCCAUUUCAAAACGAUAUUUCAAUAUUAUUAUUUUUAUUUAGGAAGUAAAUAUUAAUAUUAUUUGUAAUAACUUUGUAAUACAUGUAUGACCACCUUCACACCUAGUGGAUGGGUUCAUCUCAUUCUCUGUAGACUACAAGCCAAAUCACAUGACUUGCCCUGUGUAGUGCUGGGACCAUCACAACAAAAUAUCCUUGUCUUCAUCAGACAGUGGUGCCUGCAAGGGAGCUGGGGGCUGGUGGAGUGCUGGCGUCAUGGUGAAGAAUGUUCCGGAAGGUCAAAAAGCGUCACAGCAGCAGCAGCUCCCAAAGCAGUGAGAUCAGUACCAAGAGCAAGGUGGGCCAUUAUACAUUACAUUAGACUACACUGUCCUGGGCUACAUUCCAAUCCCAGAAAAUGUGGAUUUUUCCCUUCCCUCGUCCUUCGAUGAUGCGCUCUAGUUGAUCUGAAGAGGAUAGAUGUAAUCAGAAUGGAGGAAGCUCCACCUAGUCCUCCAAUAGGGAGCUUCCUUUGAUUUUCCCUUGUGUUGCGUUCACCUGUCUAGUCUCUGGGGGGGUUCUGGUGCUGGAGCUGCUUGUUGUUCUUGGUAAAUCAUUUACCAUGGAGGCAACAGGGUACAGUCUCAGAAUACAAAAGCAGACGCAUUCAGAAAAUACUGGAGACAGACACAGGCAGGCAGACAGACAGACAGGCAGGUAGACGGACAGACAGGCGGAUUAGACUGAUUAUAAUCUUAUUAGAAGAUCCCUAUAUGACAGUGGCUUUUAUACACGUUAGACGAGAGCUCUGUCUGGACAAUGUAAUCAUGUCUCAUACGAGAUGCCUGCCCAUGUGGUGAAUCACAAACAAAUGCUAAGAUGGUUAAGCCGAAGGGGCGGAUGGAGAAAUGACUCUUUAUUAUCAUCGAUUCACUUACUGCACAGCUGUCCUUUCUGAUUACAAACAUGACUCAGUUUAUUAAGAAGGUCUUGCAUUCUGUCAAGGACUCCUGAAUCGAUGUCUGCUUGAGUUCAUUUCUAUUUUUUCACUGAAACUCUACUCAUAAGUGGUUGGUGUGUGUGUUUCUUUCGUUCUCAUACACAAAUAUUGCAGCAGAAACCAUGACCUCUGCGAUUUGGUCAACGUUUCAGUCUAUCAUGUAACUUUUCUCAAGACAAUAUGGUGAGAUGGUGUGCUUUUCUCUCUCCUCUCUUUAGUCAGUAGACUCCAGUUUGGGAGGUCUCUCCAGGUCCAGUACUGUAGCUAGCCUUGACACAGACUCAACCAAGAGCUCAGGUAAGAAAACCUACAACCAUGGCCACAUCUCAAUUCUCUGAAAUGACCUCGGCUAGUUUCCUCAUCCCCUUUCCUUCCUAUUCACUGACAGUCCGAUGAAGGGGCCGGAAAGGUUCCAACCAUAUUGCCUGUACAUAUCAAGUCCUUUCAGAUCUGGCUCUUGUCCAAUGUAGGGCAUGCAACAAAAUAUUUCAAAAUGUUUCGCAAUGGACAACUAAAAUGAGUGUCUUAUUGGUAGUCCCUCCCUGUUUCAGUUCAUUUUCUUCAGUUUGAUGCCUAAUGAACACCUUCAUGACCCAGUGGUAAUGACGACGGAUGAUUGAACUGUGAACUUUAGGUAACAGUGCUGCCUCGGAGACGUGUGCUGAGUUCAGGGUGAAGUAUGUCGGCGCCAUUGAGAAGCUGCCGUUUGAGAUGAGUAAGACCCUGCAGGAGCCUCUGGAACUCAUCAACUACAUAGAUGCAGCCCAGGUAAUUAGAACCUGGGAACACCUUCAAAUCUGGGAUGUACAGUACAGUAUGGGCACUUCAGAAUGCAAUACUAUACAUUCAGGUUCAAUGCAGUGCAGUGGAGACCAAUUCAUGACUGUAUAAUCACUCAAUUUGAUUAUGGUGAUGGAGAUGAAUGUUGGAGUGGUGAGGCAGAGGCAGCCUCUGUUUCCUCUUUGACAAGUCACUCUAUAUGAACAAAGAGUAUCUGUUGUGUUCCUUCCAUAGCAAGAUGGAAAGCUGCCGUUUGUGCCUGGAGAUGAGGAGAUGGUACUGGGAGUGUCCAAGUACGGAGUCAAAGUGGCCUCCAUGGAUCAGUGUGUGAGUGAUUCCAUUUCCAUGUUAUAAAAGUUCUAGCGCCACAAAAGUUUCUACUGAAACUUGACCUUUCUAGUUGGAACAUAUUGUUGUAACGUUUCCUAAGUUGGAUGUUCUGCACUGUUUCCCGCUCUACCUGAUUGUCUGUCUGUAUGUCUGCUGUUAUAAUGAUGUUGUAAAGUGCAUUAUUGUUGUGGUUCCUGUAUAGGACGUUCUGCACCGCCACCCUCUCUAUCUGAUAAUGAGGAUGCUCUGUUAUGAUGACGGCCUGGGGGCUGGGAAGAACCUGCUGGCUCUCAAGACCACUGAUGCCAAGCAGCAGGACUGCAGCAUCUGGGUGUACCAGUGCAGCAGCGCGGUGAGUGUGUUUGUGUUUGCAUGUAAUAGAUAGACGGACCAAUGCAUUUACCCACCUAUUUUUUCCCCCCAACUACACCACUGACUACCACUGUCUCAUAUUGAUAAAUCUCAAAGCAAUAUUCUGGGGUCCACACAAACUCGGGUGCUCUCUAGCUUUUUUUCAUACCACAGUUUGUGGCAAACUGAAGGCAAUGUGCAUUUACCCACCUAUUUUUUCCCCCAACUACACCACUGACUACCACUGUCUCAUAUUGAUAAAUCUCAAAGCAAUAUUCUGGGGUCCACACAAACUCGGUGGCUCUCUAGCUUUUUUUUCAUACCACAGUUUGUGGCAAACUGAAGGCAAUGCUGAGCAAGAUAAUUGUUUAUCAUGUGUGCGACAGCUUUCCUGUCUUGACCCCUCAUCCAUUCAUAAGAAUAGCAGCAGACUUAGGAAGCAGGCCUCAAUGGCUCAUACAGACAAAUCUCUUUCACAAUGGCCCCACUUCAGCGUCAGUCACUCUGGAUAAACUCAUCUGCCAAAUGACUGAAACAGUGUGUGAAUUAUAGGGGGCAUGAGCUCCCCUAAAUGCAACAAAAGUCAAACUUUGGGUGGGUCUCUAAUUGAUCCAUUCUCCUAUUUGUUUAAAAUGCCAUUUUGUACCGCUACAUAGUAAAGACAAUGUAUUUGAAUGCUAAACAUGUAUUAUCUUUUAAUGAGGCAUGAACACAACCAGUCAUGAUAUUUUCAUCUGAUUGUCAAACAAAUCACUUGAAAAAGUAGGCUACCUGCGCACAUUCGUCAACUCCAAAAUUAUUCCAGCAUCCAAACAGUGCACUGUGCACCUGCCAUUUGAUGAAGGGAAAGAGACAUCUGUUACAAAACCCCAAAAGGUGUAAUGACCAUUGUCAUUAGGCCUACACUCUUGUAGCUUGAAUUAAUUGAUAUGUUUUUUUUUGUAAAAAGAAAAGUCGGGACACCUGAAAAGGGGCUGAAAUAUGGGACGCAAAUACAGCUGUGUCUGUCCUGAGCUCAUCGGCGCCAUAGCUGUGGGAAGUAGGGGUGCUGAGGGUGCUGCGGCACCCCCUAAAAAAUCUGAAUUUAAUACAAAAUGUGAACAAACAUUUUUUUUUCACAAAAGUAGUGCACUGGGCCUUUACUAGCAUUAGCGGACCGAUAUAGAUGUCCGUAGUGCGGGCAUUCUUUUUUUACAGACAUCUCCGCUUUGGCAAAAGGUGUUGAAAUUAAGAUCAUUGUCUUGCAGGAUUCUGUUCAAUGAACAUGAUGGCGCACAAUUGGCCCAACGUCGUCCGGGUUAGCGAAGGGUUUGGCUGGGAGGACUUUAGUUCGCUCAUCGCGCUCUAGCGACUCCUUGUGGUUGGCCGGGCGCCUGCAGGCUGACCUCAGUCAUCAGGUGAACAGUGUUUCCUCCGACACAUUGGUACGGCUGGCUUCUGGGUUAAGCAGGCGGGUGUUAAGAAGCGCGAUUUGGCGGGUCAUGUUUCGGAGGACGCAUGACUCGACCUUCGCCACCCGAGCCGUUGGGGAGUUGCAGCAAUGAGACAAGAUCGAAAUUGGGGGUGAAAUACAAAACAAAACAAAAAGUGCAAAGUUAUGGGCAAAGACACAAAACAUCCACAUCAAAUUAAAUAUUUUUAAUGAUAAAAUAACAACUUUUUGUGCAGUAUUCAUUUACCAUCCUAACAAACCACUUAAUGUAAAUGUACAUUACUGUAUUUUACAUUGGCUGGUCAUCUAGGUUUGGUACCUGUAGACUUUCCAUCACCAUGAAGAAAAACAAUGCACAAUACAGUCAUUGAGUACAUUGAGACAUCAAGGGGGUUGUGAUGAUGUGGCUCAGUUGGUAGAGCAUGGCGCUUGCAACGCUAGGGGUGUGGGUUGGAUUCCCAUGGGGGACCAGUACAAAAAAGUAUGAAAAUGUGUGUACUCACUACUGUAAAUUGCUCUGGAAAAGAGCAUCUACUAAAAUGUAAAAGGAAUGAAUAGACCAUUUCAGUUUUCACAGAAAUAUUAGCAAAGUAUUUCAAGAAACUGGAAAACAUAUCAUGCAAGUAUUAACUGUUUUGUACAGAUCAUUACCAGACUCAAGUUACAAAUGCUGGUAAACAUAAAAUACAAAUACAUUUAGUUAAUAUAGACGUCUUCAGCCCAGCCCCAAAAAAUAUAUAUUCGGCAACAACAAAAAAAAAUCACACCACCCCACAACCACUUCCCGUGGCUAUGGUGAGGGCCCAAUGUUGCAAGUUUGCUAACGAAAGCUCAAGAUAGGCAGAGAGAGGGAGACAGGCAGAGUAGAGAGAUUCAUGCGAUUGAAUUUUUUUUAACCAACUGUCACUGGUUUAAACCAUGACAGAGAGGUAGUGGUGUUCGUUUAAUUUGGAAUAAGCUUUUAUUUUCAUAUUUACUCCCACACUGUGUUUUCAUAACACGUCAUUUUCCCUUCUCCUCUCCCUGUCUCUGUGCAGGAACAAGCCCAGGCCAUCUGCAAGGUGCUGUCUGCCUCCUUCGACUGCGUGCUGACAUCAGAGAAGUCCUGAAAGGUAGUCGCCCUGAAGGACGGGACUAUCCUCACGUGGGGGCAGCACCAUGACCAAUCGGGAGCCUGGAAACCAUAGUUUACAGCAGGGUCACGACAUACCCAGCAUGCUUUGUAACACCUCUCACACACCACCUACAGGCCACAAACAGCUUGUUUUAUUGUUUUUAAUCUAACUUAAUCUUAUUUAAUGUAAAUACAUUAGACAGUACAGGGAACUCAUGGCUGGACUUGGGAAGGAAGUGGCUGUUUGCUGUCUAGAUCUCUGAUAAUAAUAUUGCAUCCAGAGACUCCAUUGACUUCCUUUAUAAAAGGGGGAAAGUGGUAACCGUGGUACGUAUGGUACGCCGCAGUCAAUAUUUCCAUUAUGGAUGGAGAAACAGACCUAGACUAUCACAAACAUGCUGUAGACCCCCCCCUUCUCCUCUAUCCCUCUCUCUUCUAUACAAAUCAAAGGUACGGUAUUACAUUUACAUUUUUAGUCAUU